UGAUAGGUUUCAAAUUUGGAAAUGGGUAGAGGUGCUAAGUAUCCUACUAUAUAAAAGCUACUAAUUUUGAAGUUAUAUUCUAAUGUAAUGAUAGAAAUCCUGAAAUUAUAUUCUGUUAUUCGUUUUCACUAAAGCUGCUCCAAAUGGGCCCGAACAGUGUGAGGCUAAAAUCCUUUUAAAGCCCAACAUUAGAGUGAGAAUUAAUCGGUGGCGUCAUUAUUAAUUAAAUAUUCACGGCGUCACCGCCUCACCGGAAAAGCAAACCAGAGCUCCUGAAAGAAGGCAAAAGAUUAAUACUUGGUCAAGUUUUCAAUUGUGAAGCAGAAACGGAGCUUUGAUUCUACUUAUUAAUUUCAGUGUGGUGGGAAAGAGACUGACAUAAAGGUUUCUCCUUUGAGAAGAGACUGAUCUAUAAAGAUUCUCACAGGACUUAAAUAUCGCUAUGCCCUUCACUUGCUUCACACCAACGCUUCCUUUAUGUUUCAAGAAUCACAGAUUGUUUGGUAGAGACAAUGCAGAAAGUUUGCUGGCCUUACUUUGAUCCUGAUUUUGACAAUCUUGGUGAACGCAUUUAUGGUCCACCAUGCAGGGUCUACAUAGACAACGACAGCAUCCAAGAUUGCACCGUUGUGAAGGUGAAUAGUGAGAACAAACAAGGACUUCUUCUAGAAGUGGUGCAGAUCUUGACAGACAUGAAUCUUAUCAUCACCAAGAGUUACAUCUCUUCUGAUGGUGGAUGGUUCAUGGAUGUUUUCCAUGUUAAAGACGAGCACGGCAGUAAACUCACUGACAAAACCGUCAUCAACCACAUCAAACAUGCCAUUGGCACGAGUAGGCGAGAGUCUGACUCUGUAAAGGCCAGUGAAGCCAAUGACAACGCAAACAACAACCCUUUGGAACCUCCAUUGAUCGAUCAUAAUGAGCACACAGCGAUAGAGAUGACAGGAACAGACAGACCAGGCCUCUUCUCAGAGAUAUUCGCUGCUUUCGCCGACCUACACUGCAACGUCUUAGAAGCUCACGCUUGGAGCCACAACGCUCGCUUAGCCUGCAUCGCCUACGUCUCCGACGACAGCACUCACGCUCCCAUCGACGACCCCAGCCGCUUAGCUUCCAUCGAGGACCACCUCAGUACCGUGAUCCGCGCCACAGCGGAUCCCGCCUCCAACUCGACGCACGUGGGGCACAAGGAGAACGAGACUGAUAGGUUUCUUGCUGGACAAGGCAAAGGGUGUAUGAACUCCAACGUGGAGAGACGUCUGCAUCAGCUGAUGCUCUCCGUGAGAGACUUCGACGAGCCGUUCUGUGGUGGCGGUGGUGCUUCGUCGCUGUCGCUGUUUUCGUCUAAGCUGGAGUAUUGCGAGAGGAAGACGACGAGUGUUUCUAUUGGGAGCUGCGAAGAUAGAGGGUAUUCGAUAGUGACGGUGAAGUCUAAAGAUCGGAGGAGACUCAUGUUUGAUACGAUAUGUACUUUGAUUGAUAUGCAGUACGUUAUCUUCCACGCUGCUCUCCGGUCUGAUGGAGCUGAUGCUUUUCAGGAGUACUUCAUAAGACACGUAGACGGACGUGCGCUGAACACUGAAGGAGAGAAGGAGCGUGUGAUUAAAUGCCUUGAAGCUGCUAUAGAACGUCGUGUUUGCGAGGGGGUGAAGUUGGAGCUAUGCGCAGAGAACAGAGUAGGCUUGCUUUCCGACAUAUCUCGUGUGCUUCGUGAGAAUGGUUUGACUGUUGUUCGUGCAGACGUGGAGACGCAGGGACAGAAGUCGCUCAACGCUUUUUACGUCAGGGACAUUUCCGGGAACAAGAUUGAUAUGGAGUUUGUGGAGUCAGUGAAGAAAGAGAUGAGACCUAUCCACCUGGAGGUUAAGAAUGAAGACAGACCAGAAGACAGACGUGAACAACUAGCCUUGGCUGCACCUCAACAGCAACCACAAGUACACCGUUUCUCGCUCGGUGAGAUCCUAAGGUCGCAGAUAGAGCGACUCUCUCACAACUUCGUCCCGACCAAAUGAUUAAUAGUUUAAGUAGUUUGGUAUAAAAGAUUAGAAAGUUUGCAAUAAACUCACCAUUGGUUUAUAGUAAUAACACCAAAUGUAUGUUCUCCAGUUAUAUACUAGACGUUAUGGUACUACUACACUUGUGAGGCAUGAGUUAAAAAGAAAGCUAACAAAAUGUUCUUUUUUAUACGAGCUAA